UCCGUUUGUACUCCUACCAAGCAGUAUCUUACGGUACAAGAUGAAAUUCUUCCUGGCUUUCGUCGGCAUCGUGUGCCUGAUGGGUGGAAUCCACGCUCAGACUGGAUACAUUACCGACACCGUAUCAAGCGCCGUCAGCAUCUCGAAUGCGAAUCUAGCUUCCACAAUCCAACGGGUCAAUGGCACUAUCGUCGCUGCCGACCAGAUCAUUUUAGCCUCAUGGACCCAACUCGGUCAGGACUUGAUCGAUCUGUACAACUCCUACUACAACCAGUUCAAUGCUUACACUACCAUCGAUCUAAGCCCGAUCACUAGUGCCAUCAGCAACGUGCAAAGUAUGAUGACCACUAAGCCCCAGCUGCUGGAAGAUGACACCUACUAUGUCCAGGAAACAUUCACCGAAGCCCAAACGAGUGCUCAGCAGAUCCAGUAUUCGCUUACUGCAGCUGCUGUGAAUAUGACUUCCGCUUGUGAAUCCGUUUGCGAUAAUCGCUAUGUCGGUAAAUGUGCAAAGAAGUACGCUGGUCAACUGAGCACUGCUCCGAUCAGUGUUGACCGUGUCACGGAUUGUAUUGCAGCCGAAGAAACACGCUUCGCCAAUAUCGGUGCCGACGUCGCUUCGCAGUACUCGAAUGCGCUACCCAUGGCUAUGAACUACCUGUUACUAGUAAAUAUGUGCGACAUUCCAUCACCAGCGGUCCUGAACAAUCCAUCCACGACCAUGGGACCUCCGUCAAAUCAAUGUUUCACGAACUAUCUCCAGCAGUUCAGCAGCAUUCCGACAUACUUCUACUCGGCCGACUUUACUCGCAUGGCACAGACACAACUGGUUUCCUUCCGUGCCAAACGAUGCGCCAGACUGGUUGCCCUCGACAUUCAGGAUCGUAUCAACCAAGUGGUGGAUAAAUUCUACAAUUGUCUGAAUACUGGAGUUUGCUGUUCUUCCCAGCCAGCUGCAAAAGGAAAGCGGAGCAAGAAGAGGAAGAAUAAUCGGGGCCAGUCCGAUUGCACGAUUUCUCGCGACGAUGCCACUGCGACGAACGGCAGUGAUGUCGGAUAUUUCGGUGACGUUACCGACAUAAGCACGGCAAAAGUAAAUCUACCUCCGUUGGUAGUAAAAAAUGCCCUUCUUAACGAUCUCAUCGCAGAUCUGGCGUCGCUGGGCGUAAAAGCCGAAUUCAAGUUGGGCAGAGUCGGCACCAAGGUAAUGCUCCGUACGAAAGCGGAGUACGACUUGGUCGUUACCCACCUGAGGGCUUUCAAGGUGGAAUUCUUCACCCACGACCCAUUCAACGUCGUCAUCAAAGGUCUACCGAUCUUUGACCCGAAGUUGAUCGAAGUGGAUAUCAAGAACCGCUACAAGCUGGUCCCAACUGCCGUCUUCCGGAUGACAAGGAGGGACGAGAACGUCAAGAGGCAUCCGGAUUGCCUUUUCCUGGUGCAUUUCCAGAAGGGAACGUGUGUUGUCGACGAGUCGGAAACGGCCGAAUGCGCCAACUGUGAUGGCGCUCAUCAAGGGUCCGACAAACAGUGCUCCAAACGCGAAGAUUUUAAGCGGAUCCGAAAGCAGGCGUCCUCAAGAAAUCAACUAGGACGAAAGAACGACAAUACGCCGGCAUUCAGAGUGGAGGACUUCCCACGUCUUCCUGCUACGCAACACGGUCAAGCAAAUCCGCGGGUGCAAUCCGGCCCCCGUCAAGAAACGUCUGGUGCUUCUGCUGGACAAAGCUCCCCAUCCCCCCUGGAUUCUGGAGACAACCAUCAGCACAAAACGUCAAUCCCGAUCUCUUCUCUGCGGAUAAGCUGA